AUGGUGUCAGAUGCCUCUGAUGACCUAUUUACCGUGGAUAAUUUUUCUACCUUCAUCAAGUCGGCCAUUGAUGAGCAUGAAGGUAUUUCACUACAAUUCUGAGUAAAAAUUUCCGGCAAUGUGGGUCAACAGUUGAGUAUUCAUUGUUCAUAAGUUAAAUGAUGAUGCUCCGAUGGAUGGUUAGUUCAGAAUGUUGUCGAACUUGCAAAUUAUAAAAUCAUUGACUUGAAUAACGACUGGAAUGCAUCCGUUUCUAGAAGGUUAUUUAAACAACAGAGGUUCAUUCGUUCGACUAUUUUUUCCUUUUCUGUCAGCAGCGUCAUUUCUCUUUCACGAUUGAAUCUUAACCUGUGACACUUGCAUUCCACUUCAGAAACAAUUUUAUAUUUCAAGGGAACCUGCAGGUCCUAAUUAUUUUUGGUUAAACAAAAAUGAAAAGCACAAAGAGUUACUGAAGAAAGGUGAAGCAUUUAUCGUCCUUGUUGGUGUAUUCUCCAAGGAUUCUGUGGUGAAUUGCCACCGUGGGCGGAUCAUCAUGUUUGAGAUCAUGAAAUCUCUUCAGCAGAGGUAGAUUAACCGCAAGCUUAUAGUUAUAAAUGGUUGGUUUGGUGAUAGUUUUAAGUUAGUGUGCAUCCUGUUGCAGAUAUCCGUCACUUCAAGUAUUUGGUUUUCAGUCUGGCCGCUCCAUUUGUUCUCUUGCUGCUCAAAGUAAGAUACUCAGGACCAUCAUGGAAGAGUACAUCACUUUUCCUAUCUUAUUAUCAGAAAAGGAGUUUACUGAGGUGAGUGAUAUAUUUUCUGUGUCAUAUAUCUUUAUCGUGUCAUUUCUAGGAAUCUUUGCCUGAAUUUCUUCUCUGAAGCUAAUUCCUGAAUGAAAUUUGACCUUAGAAAUUGUCUACUGUGAAAUUUUGUCUCAGAAUGGGCCAUGAAUUCGCUAUGUAAAUAUUAAAGAUCCACUGACUUCACUUCAGGAUAAAAUUACUGAGAGCCCGAACUAUUUUAGUCUCUUGUGAAUAGCUCGAAGGAUAUCUGCAUUCCCAUUUCAGAUUAGGUUACCUUAUAAAGUAUCAUGGGAGUCUUGUGAUGAUAAAGACUGGCCGUAUUGCCUUAUUUAUCAACAUUGAUUUUUCUUUGGUAAAGGAUUUAUUCACAAAACGGAGCUCAUUUUGUCAAGACAAAAAUUUGAAAGUUGAUGCACCUUGGAGAGUACCAAAGGUACACACCUUGGAGAGUACCAAGCUCGCAGCUAUUGUUUUUUGGAAAGUAGUUGGUAUAGCAAUGUCAUUUAAAGAAAGGUUAUAUAUUCAGGUGUGUUAAAGUAUGAGGUCUAAAUAAUUCCCAAUCCAUCCAUUGACAUGAUGGAGAAACAACCUUGAGAGAGUUAUGAACACAAACGAACAUGAUCCUCUCUUUUAAUACUACCAAAUCUCAUCACUCUUUCUUGCCACAAGCUAACUUUAAAACCAGGGAAGAUGUACUGCUGUCCCAUCUAAAAGUACACCUAUUUUGCUUCAUACCUAUGGUUUAAGUAGUUGAUGCAAAAUGAGCCAGCAGGUCGUGUGAUCCGCAUUUGUUUUUCUAGCGUUAUAUGGACUUUAACCAAUGGUUACCAAUGUAACUAUCACGUUCCUACUGCAUUACCUAUAACUGGCUCCAGAGAAAGCACAUUUUAGGGUCUUGCUAAGUUUCUCCUUCCUCCUCACAGAAGCUUCGCACAUUGUGAAUACUAUCUAUAUAACUGGCUGGCCGAUCACAAAUGGGAAGUCUCCGAUGCAUAAUAUGAUGUCCUAACUUGUGUCUAGUACCUCCUUCUAGGGCAAUACGAUACACUAGUCAAAACUAAUCUAAAUUUCAAUAUUAAAUUCUCAUUAAUUUUCAGAGUCAUGCAAUCUACUAUCUGCAUUGAUUAUGGCCUGGCAUCUGAGCUGUAACUAUGUGUUUGCUUGCUGUCAGAGCCAUGUUGUGUCUUUUGUGUAUUUCAUUGUGCAAAUGUCCAUCCUUUUCUCAAUAACUCAAAUAUGUUUGGGAUUCGUAAUGGGUGGUUCUUGAAGACUCUCAGAUCUCAAGUGAGCCUUGCUAUCUGCUAUUCGGUGAUAUUAAUAGUCCUCGUAUACAUCACAGAUGGGAUAGUGAACUGGGAGCAAUAGUAGAAGGUAAGAUCUCAUUUCUCCAGGACGUUUUACUGCAAAUUUUACUUAUAGAUACAACCUAAAUUGUUACUUUAAUUUCAUGAAUCCUGCUGUCAGCCAUGCAGAGGGAAGUCUAUUACAUCAAUUAUCGUCAGUUGUGCUAAAACAACUUUUUCUAAAUGCGCCAUUUUGGUUGUUCUAUCAAUACAUGUAUUUGAGAUCUCUCACCAAAGUAUGGCGCAAUUGAACGAUGUCUAAUGAGAGAACAAACAUAUUUAUUUUUUAUGGUUAAUUUACAGAAAGUGUCAACUCUAAACUCACUACCCUUUCUUUUGUUGUAAAUAUGUUGAUGGUUGAUGGAAAAUGUCAUGGUUUUUAUUGUUUAUACACUGAGCAACUUUUGUAUAUUUUGAAGUGAUGUUGGAUUUGUCAAAAAAUGUCGAAAAAUAUAUGAAAGCAUAUAUCUUUUAUGAUCGUGUUUUCUUAAUAAAACGCUUUAUUAGGAAUCUUUCCACAGAGGUUAUGAGAGGACUGUUUUUUACGACAUGGUAAUAAGUGUGGUUUUCUUUCAACUGGAUGAUGAAAUUGGAGUGUAUUUCAACCUGGAGUUUUUGGGUGGGAGAGGUAAUGGGAAGGCAGCUUAA